CAUCUCCAGGGCCCCCGAGCGUUGGCUGAGGACCGGAGCCAGCCAGUGAGCGGAGCUUGGGAGAGGGAGGAGCACAUCUUGAUGCAGAGAUGCUGCAGUGGCUCCGGGCGCGCUCACACACACGCGCCCUCACCCGCCACCGCCGCCGCGGCCGCCGCCGCACCCGGACAGCGAGUGGCUGAGGCCGCCAGGGCCCAGAGGAGGGCGGCCCAGGGGCUGGCGGCCCGGCCGGCCCUGGCUCACCGACUCGGGCAGCGUCCACCUGCCCCAGCCAACACCCUUCUCUCGCCCCAGGUCCUUCUCAGCCUCCAGCUGGGCUGUCCCCAAGCUGAGCUGAGGCCCUUCUCCUCCGAUCCCCACCUCUGCCCGGACAUCCACCAUGGGGACAGCCACCAGGAGGAAGCCACACCUGCUGCUGGUAGCUGCUGUGGCCCUUGUCUCCUCUUCAGCUUGGAGUUCAGCCCUGGGAUCCCCAACCACCUUUGGGCCUGUCUUUGAAGACCAACCCCUCAGUGUGCUAUUCCCAGAGGAGUCCACGGAGGAGCAGGUGUUGCUGGCAUGCCGUGCCCGGGCCAGCCCUCCAGCCACCUAUCGGUGGAAGAUGAAUGGCACCGAGAUGAAGCUGGAGCCAGGUUCCCGUCACCAGCUAGUGGGGGGCAACCUGGUCAUCAUGAACCCCACCAAGGCACAGGAUGCCGGGGUCUACCAGUGCCUGGCCUCCAACCCAGUGGGCACCGUUGUCAGCAGGGAGGCCAUCCUCCGCUUCGGCUUUCUGCAGGAAUUCUCCAAGGAGGAGCGAGACCCAGUGAAAACUCAUGAAGGCUGGGGGGUGAUGUUGCCCUGUAACCCACCUGCCCACUACCCAGGCUUGUCCUACCGCUGGCUCCUCAACGAGUUCCCCAACUUCAUCCCGACGGACGGGCGUCACUUCGUGUCCCAGACCACAGGGAAUCUGUACAUUGCCCGAACCAAUGCCUCAGACCUGGGCAACUACUCCUGUUUGGCCACCAGCCACAUGGACUUCUCCACCAAGAGCGUCUUCAGCAAAUUUGCUCAGCUCAACCUGGCUGCUGAAGAUACCCGGCUCUUUGCACCCAGCAUCAAGGCCCGGUUCCCAGCAGAGACCUAUGCACUGGUGGGGCAGCAGGUCACCCUGGAGUGCUUUGCCUUUGGGAACCCUGUACCCCGGAUCAAGUGGCGCAAAGUGGACGGCUCCUUGUCCCCACAGUGGACCACAGCUGAGCCCACCCUGCAGAUCCCCAGCGUCAGCUUUGAGGAUGAGGGCACCUACGAGUGUGAGGCGGAGAACUCCAAGGGCCGAGACACCGUGCAGGGCCGCAUCAUCGUGCAGGCUCAGCCUGAGUGGCUGAAAGUGAUCUCGGACACAGAGGCUGACAUUGGCUCCAACCUGCGUUGGGGCUGUGCAGCCGCCGGCAAGCCCCGGCCUACAGUGCGCUGGCUGCGGAACGGGGAGCCUCUGGCCUCCCAGAACCGGGUGGAGGUGUUGGCCGGGGACCUGCGGUUCUCCAAGCUGAGCCUGGAGGACUCGGGCAUGUACCAGUGUGUGGCAGAGAAUAAGCACGGUACCAUCUACGCCAGUGCCGAGCUAGCCGUGCAAGCCGACGUGGGGAGAGACGUUAAUCCCCGCCAGCCCCCGGCAGCUCCAAAGCCCGUGGAUGCUUUGAGCCAAAGGCACGGAGAUUUUGGUCAACAGCAGCAGGACAGAGCCUCUCAGCCUGCCCUGCGGACCCUGCCUGUGCCCAUUUCCUCCCCCAUCCACCCAGGGGCCUUGUUUUACUUGGCAGAUGCAACCAAGAUCACCCUAGCCCCCUCGAGUGCCGACAUCAACUUGGGUGACAACCUGACCCUACAGUGCCAUGCCUCCCACGACCCCACCAUGGACCUCACCUUCACCUGGACCCUGGACGACUUCCCCAUCGACUUCGAUAAGCCCGGAGGGCACUACCGGAGAACCAAUGUGAAGGAGACCAUUGGGGAUCUGACCAUCCUGAAUGCCCAGCUGCGCCAUGGGGGGAAGUACACGUGCAUGGCCCAGACGGUGGUGGACAGCGCAUCCAAGGAGGCCACAGUCUUGGUCCGAGGUCCGCCGGGUCCCCCAGGAGGCGUGGUGGUGAGGGAUAUUGGCGACACCACCAUCCAGCUCAGCUGGAGCCGUGGCUUCGACAACCACAGUCCCAUCGCUAAGUACACCCUGCAAGCUCGCACUCCACCUGCAGGGAAGUGGAAGCAGGUUCGGACCAAUCCUGCAAACAUCGAGGGCAAUGCCGAGACUGCACAGGUGCUGGGCCUCACCCCCUGGAUGGACUAUGAGUUCCGGGUCAUAGCCAGCAACAUUCUGGGCACUGGGGAGCCUAGUGGGCCCUCCAGCAAAAUCCGGACCAAGGAAGCAGCCCCCUCGGUGGCACCCUCAGGACUCAGCGGAGGAGGUGGAGCCCCCGGAGAGCUCAUCGUCAGCUGGACGCCCAUGUCACGGGAGUACCAGAACGGAGACGGCUUCGGCUACCUGCUGUCCUUCCGCAGGCAGGGCAGCACUCACUGGCAGACCGCCCGGGUGCCUGGCGCCGAUGCCCAGUACUUCGUCUACAGCAACGAGAGCGUCCGGCCCUACACACCCUUUGAGGUCAAGAUCCGCAGCUACAACCGCCGCGGGGAGGGGCCGGAGAGCCUCACUGCACUCGUGUACUCCGCCGAGGAAGAGCCCAGGGUGGCCCCUACCAAGGUCUGGGCCAAAGGGGUCUCAUCCUCAGAGAUGAACGUGACCUGGGAACCCGUGCAGCAGGACAUGAAUGGUAUCCUCCUGGGGUAUGAGAUCCGCUACUGGAAAGCUGGGGACAAAGAAGCAGCCGCGGACCGAGUGAGGACAGCAGGGCUGGACACCAGUGCCCGAGUCAGCGGCCUGCACCCCAACACCAAGUACCAUGUGACUGUGAGGGCCUACAACCGGGCUGGCACUGGGCCUGCCAGCCCUUCUGCCAAUGCCACAACCAUGAAACCCCCUCCGCGGCGACCUCCUGGCAACAUCUCCUGGACUUUCUCAAGCUCCAGUCUUAGCAUUAAGUGGGACCCUGUGGUUCCUUUCCGAAAUGAGUCUGCAGUCACCGGCUAUAAGAUGCUGUACCAGAAUGACUUACACCUGACUCCCACACUCCACCUCACCAGCAAGAACUGGAUAGAAAUCCCAGUGCCUGAAGACAUUGGCCAUGCCCUGGUACAAAUUCGGACCACAGGGCCUGGAGGGGAUGGGAUCCCUGCAGAAGUCCACAUCGUGAGGAAUGGAGGCACAAGCAUGAUGGUGGAGAACCUGGCAGUCCGCCCAGCACCACACCCUGGCGCCAUCGUUUCCCACUCCGUGGCGAUGCUCAUCCUCAUAGGCUCCCUGGAGCUCUGAUCCUGGCACCCCUCCCUCUGCACCGCAGCUGGACGCCACCUCUGAUGGACACAGCCAGCCGGCCCCUUCCUGCUGCCAAGGUGGCCUGACACUGUGCCAGAGAGUGGCUGGUUUUAAAUACCUACUUUAAAACAGUGCCCUUUUUGUAGGAGGUAGGAUAUUUUAUAUUCUGCCGCAGGACAGAGCCCACGCAAGGAUUUUCUUUAAAUCGAGAGGCACCAGGCAGUAACUUCCAUGAUGACACUGAUGCCUAUACCUGAGCUCUAGGCUGCCCGGAGGGAAGGAACAGGCCCAUGGGAAGAAGGGGGUUUAAAAACGUGUCUUCAACUCAGCAGAGAUGGCACUCUGGGACCCUAUAUGGACUCCGCCACUUGAGAGCAGUCCUAGGCCCAGCGGGAACACCAGACAUGAACAGGCUGAAGAACUGGGGCGAAGUGCACACCUCACCGUCCUUCAGUCUAAGGAGAAGGGCAAGCCCUGGGACCAAGAACUCUCCUACCUUCUCCCUUGAGCAGCAGCAAGGACCCUGACGCUGUCCCUGAUGAUUCCCUAGGGGCUCCCGCCUGCCCAAGCGGCUGAGAACCAGCGCCCCGAUGCCUGAGGCUGGGAGCCUGAGCCCCUUCAGCUUUGAGGGGGUGAUACUGCUUGGGGUGGGAGCUAAAAAGAGUUGAGAGGCCCUUGGUGGAAAGGGGCACCAGCCUUGGUCUGAGAUAGUCACAACCCAGGUGACAUUGCCUUCUCAGCCAACACUGCCAGCCUGACCCUGUCAUCCCCAGAUUGACAGCGCCACUUCAGGUGGCUGGGUGACUAAAGGGCUUGUCUUGGUGGGGUCUCCCACCCCUCCAAGACCCAUCCUGCACAGUCCCUCCAGGGUUGGGGCAGGAGAUGGCCAAUCAUGCGCCCACCUCUCCCUCCAGCGCUGCCUGCAGUCAGCUCGGCUUCCCGACCUGCAGCCCCAGACUCUGCUCUCCCAGAACUGACUCACUCCUGCCUGGGAGGGGAAUGCAGCAUUCAUGCUAUGUGUCCUGGAGGUUUCUGGGAAGGGCAGAGGAUAAAUGUGGCCCUGCCUGCUCCCAGGUAUACCUAGGACCACCUGGCCAGAUCCGCUCCCAGACGGCCUUGGACUGCUUGCAUUUCCCCAGAGGAAAAGGGGUUAAUAAAUGGGCCAUCCUUUCCUGAGCUCUGGGUAUACUACCAGUCAUGGAACAUCGGAGCUGGAAGAGGCCUUAGAGCUCAGCUUCUUCAAGUCCCUCACUUUACAGAUGAGGAAAUGGAGGUGGUUCAGAGAGGGUCUGGGAUUCCCAAGGUCACACAGCCCGGAAGAGAUGGGGCUGGGUUAAGAACUCAGAGUCUCCCACCUUUCUGUUCAAGACUGUUUGUCUACCCAGAGGAAGGAGGCACUGCUGAAUGGCUAUGGCCUGGCUAAGAAGGUGGUUGGAGUCAGUAGGGUAUGAAAAUUCUUCAAGGGGUUCGGAUUGGUGAUCAUGGGGACUGGCAUGGCUGGGUUCCAGUCCAAGGUGUGGGCAGAGCUUCUACUGAACAUGCAGUGCUGACUUGAAGCUCCCUGUCCACCUCGCUCUUGCCCCAAGAAAAGAGGCCAAAGCAAAAGCAGAUUCCCUAGGCAAGAGCAGCAGCACAACCAGGAAACCCCAAAGCCGGUUCUCCGACAGGUGGCCCUUCACAGGGGGCAGCAGGACAGGCAUCUUGAAGGGCAUAUGUUCUCGGAAGCUCCGAGCCUGUUUUCUGUAGUUUACAGUUAGAGCUCUAUUUUGUUAUGGUUUUUUAAACUUUUAAGUCCUGCUCUAUUUUCCUGGGCAGGUUUAUGUUGAUGUUUACCCACUACAAUUUUUUAAAAAUACAAGCUCACAUGCCUUUUCCCUGCCAGACCAAACCCCCACUGCACCCUACCCACCCACCCCCCGCCCAGGGCAGCUUUCCUGGAGCUGGCUAAUCAAAGCCUCCUCACCUCUUCUCAACCCUUACAAGCAAGGGUGCUAGGAGCUCAGCUGUAUGACCAUUCUCCCUGACAGGGAGUCCAAACUUGGCCUAGCAUCCCUCCUGGCCCCCCUCUGGCCAUGACUUGGCCUGUGCCUGGUUCUCUAUCAGAAAGGGGAUGCUGAACAAAACCUCCUUCUAAGUUUUAUCCAAUUCCUUCCUCAUUGCCUCGGGCUGCGUCAGAGGAAGCAGGGGAUAGGUGUCCAGUUGCUGGGCCGAGGGAGGAGCUGGUUUGGCACAGGACCUAACCAGUGACUGGAGGCUACAGCCCCUAAACUUGCUUGAGGCCAAUGAUACUUACUCACAACUAAGUACCUUAAUGCUAAUGAGGUCCACUAAAAAGGGGAGGAAGGCAGACCUCCUGGGAGACCCACGAAGGGUUUUUAACCAGGGAAAACUGAGCCCCAGGAAAACCUAACCACUGUGCAGGCAGAAUUUGUUUGGGGGAUAGAACCGACAAUAAAAUAGAUGUUCCUGCAGCCUGAGAUUUCAGGUAGAGGACUAAGGUUUAAUAAGACAAUAGAUGACCUGAGGACAUGCAAGCUUGUAAAAUGCAACAGCCUCCUGCUAGAGUGACUUGUACAUGAGCUUGCUUGCAGAAGACUAGAUUAGAUGCUUCUCAGAGUCCCCUCCUGCCCAGGGGUUCUCUGAUUUUCAUGUUCUCUGCCCAGAUGGGCUGGGGGAGUUGACAAUGUGCUUAUUUUCACUGUGAUCAUGAGACCACGGUUCUGGGUUAUCUCCUUUCACACAUCAAGCCCCAGAGGCGGCGGCAAGAGGAACAGCCACAAACAAGUACUUUACCCCACAGCUUAGUGGCCAGUAAACACCUUGGGGACGAGGGACAGGAACAACCUAUAGGCACCUCUUCAGGGCCCAGGGAGACAAGUGCCCUCUAUUCUGCAUACAUUUGGGCUCCCCUUACAGAGCCCUUUGCCCUGGCUCCGUGGUCCUUGUUGCUCUAACAGUCCAGAUGAACACCCAGCCUCAGGGGGAAGGCAGCUCUCUCCAGACGGUGUCUCAGGGGCCAGCAAAAUCAGGUUAUCUGCUUUCAUUCAGGGCAGCAAAUGAUACAGAUGGUGCCAGGGAGUGGCAAGGCCAUGGGGGUAGGUGGGGGGUGUCUUCUUCUUUUCAUAAAGUAACAACAGAUGAGACUGAGGUUAGACAUCAGGAAAAAAACCUCUGGAAUGACCUUCCUCAUUCCAGGAGGCCCUGCAAUAAGGAAGACGCUUUUUUUUGAGGGACCUUUGAGGAAUUCUGGCAGCUGUUGACAUGGGGUCUAGGAUAAGGUGAAACUGUGACUGGAGGGGUAGGAGAUGCUCCAAGUGUCCAUCCAGAGAUGAGACUCUUAGAAUCAAAGUGUUCGGCCCAGGAAGUCUUGGAGAUCCCACCUGCUGUGGCCCCGCACCUUAGGGGAAGCCAUUAAGGGGGCUCAUCCAGGAAUUCUGGUUAUAGCCCAGUGCUUACCCAGCCUCUUUAGGGCAGCCCCCAGGGCCAGCCAGCCUGUACUCUGGGCAAGAGCCCAAAAUGGCUAAGAAUGUUUGACUCCCUUAAUCUCUUCCCCAGCUACACAGGAAUCUUUUCUCUGCCCGGUCUCAGAAUGGGACUGCCAACCGGCUCGUCGGAGACGCAGUAUCCUCAAACCUGUGGCCACUGGCAGGACAGUGGUGCUCUAUCUCCCUGGGUGAGACCUACCCUAGGCUUCCUCCUGGAUGUGAUGGGGGCUGCCAGAGAGGCUCUUAGCAUAAAAGAGAUUAGAAGGGCAUUUUUCUAUGUGCCUCCAAAAAGCUCCAUGGAAACAGGCACUUGGUAGCUGUGGGACACCGUGGACUUGUGUAUAUGGUCAUAGGCUUUGGGAAGAUAGGACAUAAAGGAAAAUGAGAGAAACAAAAUGGGUCAGAUAGCUUUGGCCAGAGCCCCAGGCAGCCUUUGGGGCCUAUGACACUUAGUGCCCUUAGAUGGGAUACAUCUUGCCUCAGCCCCAAGAUUCCUCCAACUUACCCAUCCCAUCCAGGGCCUGCACAGCUUAGAGAGGCUCAGCUUGGCAAAUGCUAAGGCUUCAUCGGACCACUGACUUGACUCAGUGUUUGUUAAAAUUGAACCACUCCCACUGGCCUAUUUCUCUCUUGUAUUUCUUGUAAUAGUAGUUAUUUAUUGAUUCUGGUAGCAGGCAGUUCUUAAAUAAAGAUGGUUUCUCAACCUGUUGGGGCAGCUGGC